CUUUACAGCGCCUAUAUAACAAUUACCCUGCCAGUCAGUCCUUGGUGCUGAAUAUUCAAAAGCAGUUAUUACCCACCUGCUGUUAGUGAGGAUGAACAAAGAAGCAGCUAAUCACCGUCUGAAAUAUCUUAUUAGGUCAUAGUGACGAAAGUGAUGAAGAGGACAGGCUAUACUGCAUUGAUAUUACGCAUUUUGGAAUUUUGGCAGAUUAUACAAUGCAGGCAUUUUGGAUAUUCUCGUAACGAACAAAACUCAUGGCAUAACUAUUCCCAAAGCUGUUCCGGGUAUCGACAAUCCCCCAUAGCGAUUGAUAGUGAAAAGGCGAUCUCAUUGGCGAUUCCUGCGCUCGAGAUGGUAGGAUUUGACAACCUCGUACCCCGGCCAAUAACUAUUUUCAAUAAUGGACAUUCAGUUGACAUUAGACCAAUGGUGCCUUUUGCAAAAAUAUUCGGCGCUCUUCUGCCCGGUGAGUUUGAAGUGCACGGCCUCCAUUUUCACUGGGGUAAAAAAAACAACAGGGGUAGCGAGCAUGUCAUUAAUGGAAUGAGGUUUGCAAUGGAAAUGCACAUAGUCACAAGAAAUCUUAAAUACAAUUCAAUGGAAGAAGCAAUGGAAAACAGUGAUGGGCUGGCAGUUAUGGCUUUCUUUUUUGAAGUGAGAGAACAUGAGAGUAAUGGCUUAGAUCCAAUUCUAAACGAGCUUAAUAUGAUAAAACACGAAGGGACGAGUUUUAUGAUUUCACAAUCUUUUACAUUGUCUUCUCUGUUGCCAUUUGACAAGACGAUGUUUUAUAUGUACAGAGGAUCGUUAACUACACCCCCUUGCUCUGAAGCAGUUACGUGGAUUGUAUUUCCCGAUCCACAACCCAUGUCUUAUAAACAGAUUUCACAAUUCCGUCAACUCUCAAUCAAUGGAGAUAGUUUAGUCGAUAAUUAUCGACAUAUACAGAGCCUCGGUAAGAGAAAAGUGUAUGCUAGAAGGUUCCCGACAGAAACAGCAAACCUGAAAAUGUUCUUUCCUAAUUUUAGCUCCCCAGAGUUUUGGAACUAAUUUGUACACCCUAUAAAUCAAAAUAGUACUUAAAUGGAAUUAAGUAAUGCUUUUCUUGUCAAACAUUUAAAUAUUUUUUUGUCUCGCUCUAGCAAGUUCAAAAAUAUUAAGCUUUAAAUGUAAAAGAAA